AUGGCGGAAACAGUGGGACGAAGCAUUGCUGCACCAUUGCUGUUCCUGAACCUUGUUAUGUACUUUAUCACCUUGGGAUUUGCUAGUUGGUGUCUUAACAGGUUCAUCAAUGGCCAGUCCUACCAUCCUAGUUUUGGAGGAAAUGGAGCAACAGAGUUCUUCUUGGAGUUUGCCAUUCUAGCUUCUGUUCUUGGAAUAGUCUCAAAAUUCGCAGGUGGCAACCACCUUAGGGUAUGGAGGAACGACAGCCUUGCCGCCGCUGGAUCAUCUUCUCUGGUUGCGUGGGCCGUCACUGCUCUUGCUUUCGGGUUGGCAUGCAAGGAGAUAAACGUAGGAGGACACAGAGGGUGGAGGUUAAAGAUGGUGGAAGCAUUCAUUAUAAUCUUGGCAUUCACGGAGCUGUUGUAUGUAAUGUUGCUGCAUGCCGGUUUGUACAGCAGCAGGUAUGGACCAGGCUACCGUGACGGCGACUAUGGAGUUGGAGGGCAUCAUGCGGAAGAAGGUGUCAUCAAAGGGACCAGAGUUUGA